AUGCUAAAUCGUCGUUAUUAUUUUUUUAAAAAUUAUUAUUUACUCCUUCCCGCUCCUAAGCAAUAAAAAAUUUUGUUGUUAUUUGAAGAGUUAAUUUUUUAAAACAAAACUACUACUAUAAUAAACUGUUCUAUGAAAUUUAAAAAACCCAAACAUUGAAUAGCGAAAAAUAAUUUAAUUUUAGAACGCUAGCUGUUUUUGAAAAUUCAACAGAAAUAGCUAGAAUUUAACUAAUUAGCAUUAUAUUUCAAAUAUUUUUUUCAUAAAAUUUUUUUAUUCACUCAUGAUGGUGGAUUUUAGUCAAAAAUUAAGAUUUUUCCAACGGUUUUGCUCGCUAAUGGGGGGUAAUUAGAAACACUCUUAAUUAUUAGUUAAUAAUGCUCAUAAUAUUAACAUUAAAAGAGUAAAAGCUAGUCACAGAGUAUUCUUAGCAGCAGGCAAAAGAACUCCAUUCGGUUUUUUUGUUGGCACUUUUGCUAAAAUUCCUGCACCUAUCCUCUGUGCGCACUCAAUUCUUGGAGUCUUUUCAAGUACAAAAAUAAAGCCUCAUGAAAUCAGUUCUGCAAUCUAUGGCUGUGGAAUCCAAUCAGGCCUCGGCCACAACCCUACCAAGCAAGCUUUACUAGCCGCAAAUCUGCCUGACGACAUUCCCUGCACCACAAUUAAUCAAGGCCACUGCUCAGGCUCCAAAAGUGUAAUUUUAGCUUACCAAGAAAUCGCGCUAGGGCACUCAGACAUAGUCUUAUGUGGCGGCUAUGACUCAGUCUCCUUAUCUCCUUUUAACAUCAAAAAAGGCCGAAAUCCUACGACAGGUGAUAUUCUUGCUGAAGACUGCUAUAUAAAAGAUGGCCUACACAACCCCUUUUAUAACACCCACGCCGGCAUCAUUUUAGAGCGGACCAAUUUAGAAUUAACCAUCCCAUUAAUAGACCAAGAUAUACAAGCCAAAAAUCAAUACAAAAAGCGAGACAUCGCCUAUGCCAGAAAUUACCAUGAAAAAGAAAUUUUCCCAUUUGGCAAUGAAAAUACAGACGAGCUAUAUGGCAAGGUAACACAAAAGGAUAAUUUUUCCAAGCCGCUUUAUUAUAAACAAGGGACUGUUAAUGCUUACACAGCAGCUACCCCAGGUGAUGGCGCAUGCUCUCUAUUAUUAGUUUCAGAAGAAAAGCUGAAAAGCCUUGAACUUACCCCUAUCGCCGAAAUAGUAAAAACAGCAGAAAUCGCCAUAAGCUCCAAUGCAUUCCCUAAAGCAAAUUCCGAAGUGGCCAAAAAAGUCCUUUACAAGCUAGGAUGGACCUUUCGACAAGUAAACCUAUGGGAAGUAAACGAUUAUUAUUCAGGCUUAGACCUAGCUUUUGCCAAAUAUUCAGGCGUAUUAGAAGAAUUAAUAAAUAUCAAUGGCAGCACUUUAGCAAUUGGAGACCCUAUGGCUGCGUCAAGUGCUCGGCAGGUGCUAAGUUUAAGCUUAGCUUUAAAAGAAAGAAGCCUCAAAAAAGGAGUCGCAGUCUCUUGUGAAAUCACGGGAGGGGCCACCGCUAUUGCGAUACAAGUAGUAGAUUAA